GAGCUGGAGAGGGUGGCGGUGAGCGGCGGCAGAGGCUGCGGGGUUCGAUUAGGUGACGAGGGAGUCAGCAGGCGACAGGUGCUUAAGAGUGCAGACAUCCUGAGAGCAGCCUCUGUCCGAUGAGAUUUGCCACGACUUCAAUCUCAAUUUUAUCGGCCUUCUGCUGGCUUUGGAAUCUGUUCUUCUGGCCCUCCCUUUCACCCAUACCUCCCAGUCAGGUUUUCCCUUGGGAAACAGAUGGUGAUUUAGAGUCCUGGGAAGAGGGGAGUGCCGUGUCCUGCAAUCUCCUCUAAGCUGGUUGGUGGCAGAUGGCCACCAUGACCUGAGUCUACUACUGAGGGAUGGGAGCACUCAGGAAGAAUGCUAGGAGCAGACACUUCCUUAGUGUUAUCACACUGGCCCUUGCAAGUGUUUGUAGGACAGAUAGACCUCUGACCAGGCUUUCUGCUUCUGCAUCCCUCCAGGUCAUUCAUUCAACAAAUAUUUAUUGAGUACUUCCAUGAGCCAGGAGCCAUGCGGGGCCAGCGGAGCCUGCUGCUGGGCCCAGCCCGCCUCUGCCUGCGCCUGCUCCUGCUCCUGGGCUACCGGCGCCGCUGUCCCCCACUGCUGCGGGGCCUGGUGCAGCGCUGGCGCUACGGCAAGGUCUGCCUGCGCUCUCUGCUCUACAACUCCUUCGGAGGCAGUGACACUGCUGUCGACGCUGCCUUCGAGCCUGUCUACUGGCUGGUGGACAACGUGAUCCGCUGGUUUGGGGUGGUGUUCGUGGUGCUGGUGGUCGUCCUGACCGGCUCCAUCGUGGCCAUCGCCUACCUGUGUGUUCUGCCCCUCAUCCUCCGAACCUACUCAGUGCCCCGACUCUGCUGGCAUUUCUUCUAUAGCCACUGGAAUCUGAUCCUCAUCGUCUUCCACUACUACCAGGCCAUCACCACUCCGCCUGGGUACCCACCCCAGGGCAGGAAUGAUAUCGCCACAGUCUCCAUCUGUAAGAAGUGCAUCUACCCCAAGCCCGCCCGAACGCACCACUGCAGCAUCUGCAAUAGCUAUGGAAGCUGGGACCUGUUUAGAGAGGCUUAUGCUGCCAUCGAGAAAAUGAAACAGCUCGACAAGAACAAACUACAGGCGGUUGCUAACCAGACUUAUCACCAGACCCCACCACCCACCUUUUCCUUUCGAGAAAGGAUGACUCACAAGAGUCUUGUCUACCUCUGGUUCCUGUGCAGUUCCGUGGCACUAGCCCUGGGUGCCCUAACUGUAUGGCAUGCUGUUCUCAUCAGUCGAGGGGAGACCAGCAUCGAAAGGCACAUCAACAGGAAGGAGAGGCGUCGGCUGCAGGCCAAGGGCAGAGUAUUUAGGAAUCCUUACAACUAUGGCUGCUUGGACAAUUGGAAGCUAUUCCUGGGUGUGGACACAGGAAGGCACUGGCUCACCCGAGUGCUGCUACCUUCCAGUCACCUGCCCCAUGGGAAUGGAAUGAGCUGGGAGCCCCCUCCCUGGGUGACAGCUCACUCGACCUCUGUGAUGGCAGUGUGAGCUAGGUUACGCCAGCCACAACUUGAGUAUUCAUUCUGCUUCUUACGUUGCCUCAAGGGCCUCCAAGGGCAGAUUUUCCUGGAAUCCUUGGUCAAAAAGAGCCAUUAAGCCUGCCUUAAGAUAGCAUGCUGGGACAGCUCAAGGACCAACCUUCUGGACAAUGCAGAAGACAGGAUGUGAAGUCCUAUGACUGAUGUCCCUUUACUCAGGCAAACUGGAGUCCCAGCCCAAGACCAGGGCUCAGGCAGCUAGCUCUUCCCCGGUGCCGACCCUGCCUCCCCGGUUACAGCACUGGGCUGGCACCUCGUCCCUGCAGUCUGAGAAGACAGCAGAGAGCAGGCUGCUGCUGACUGAGGUCACUGCCACUUCUCACAUGCUGCGGAAGGGGGCAGAAAUAAAGGUAUUUGAUUUUUAAAGCCA